GCCGGGGGUAGGGGAGGAUAUGGUAACGGAGGCCAGGGAGGAUAUGGUAACGGAGGCCAGGGAGGAUAUGGUGCUGGUCUGGGAGCAGGAAACGGCCAAGGAAUGGGGACGGGAGCCGGACUGGGCUCACAGGGUGGGAAACCACGUGGAGGUGGAGGAUACGGUGGUAAUGGCUAUGGCACACAGCCAGGUUACGGGGCUGGAGCUGGAGCCAGAGGCUAUCCACGACCAGGUGCUGGAACUGGGUAUCCCAAUGGACAGGGAUCUAAGGGACCAAAACCGGGAUAUGGUGCAGGAGCUGGAGUGCCCAAUGGACAGGGUGCUAAACCCAAUGGGUAUGCUGCAGGAGCUGGAGGAGUUCCCACUGGACAGGGUGCUAAACCAUCCAAACAGGGCUACGGUGCUGGAGCAGGAAGCUACCCGGGGGCAGGAAACAACGGCUAUGGAGCAGGUGCCAGUCUGGGACAGGGAGGAUACCCCCAGGGUGGAGCAGGAGGAUACCCCCAGGGUGGAGCAGGUGGAUACCCCCAGGGUGGAGCAGGUGGAUACCCACAGGGUGGAGCAGGUGGAUACCCACAGGGUGGAGAAGGUGGAUACCCCCAGGGUGGAGCAGGUGUAUACUCCCAGGGUGGAGCAGGAGGAUACCCCCAGGGUGGAGCAGGUGUAUACCCCCAGGGUGGAGCAGGAGGAUACCCCCAGGCUGGAGCAGGUGGAUACCCCCAGGGUGGAGCAGGUGGAUAUCCCCAGGGUGCAGGAAAACCAGGAAAAGCUGGAGGUGGUGCUAAUCUGGGACAGGGAGGAUAUCCCCAGGGUGGAGCAGGAGGAUACCCCCAGGGUGGAGCAGGCAAAUCAGCAGGUUAUGGUGAUCAAAUGGGAGGAGCAUACCCCGGGGCUGGAGCGGGCAAUGGCUAUGGGAAUGGUGGAGGCCCAGCUGGGGGGGCCAAUGCAGUGCCUGCAGGCUAUGGCAAUGGCUACGGUGCUAGUACUGGAGGCAAUGGUUAUGGAGCCGGGGGAGGAGUCGGUCAGCUUCCUUACAAUGGAGCCCCAGUCAAUACUGCUGGACUGGAUGCAGGUGAUGGAAGCUUCCCUUAUGGUGCUCAGCAACUGGGCCUUGGUGGUGAUGGAAGCAAAUCCUCUGGCAAAUAUGGCAACGGUGGAUUGCCACAGGGUGCACAACAGGGUGCACAACAGGGUGCACAGCCUUAUGGACCUGCGACUGGUGGUGGGAAACCACCUUGCAAGAAUGGAAACGGAGGGGGCUUUGGUGCACAGCCAGCAGGAUAUGGUCAAGGACAGCUGGGUGCAGGUCCGAGUGCCCCCUACAGUAACGGAGCAGGAGGGAAGGAAAGCCAAUAUGGUGGUGGUGGACUGACUGGAUUCUUUGGAAAUGGAGGGUACAAAGGUUAAGUCAAUCAGCUGAGGCCUUCUUGAAGUGAAUAUUUGUUCCGUUCCGUCAUGUGUUCAUGGUGAUGUUUGUUGUUUGGUCUGUUGUUACAUUUAGCUAUUCCAUUUUUGUUCUGUAUUUGUCUGUUUUUUUGUUCAUGGUCCUUGUCUUUUGUGUUGUUGUGUGUCUGUCCCCUCUCUUCCUCUACUGGUUUUGGAGAUUGUUUUGCCAGUGUGUUUGUGUUCAUAUCCAUUUCACACUAAAGGGCAGAAAGCAACCGUAUAAUGUCUGUCAGUCUCCUCAUUCUUUUAACCUUGGCAAAAGUAUGGCAAAUGUACUGCACAUGUGAUGUGGGGGUUGAGUUUUAAGACUGAAGCUCUAUGAGUUUAAAUUAACACCAAAUAAAAUAAAAUUUAAAGACCUGUUCCCAAAACCUGACACCUGAGUUCUUCUGAGGUCAUUAUAAAGGGAGAUAUUCUUU